UUUGCUCACUUGUAACCAUUAGGCUAAAAUAAGGUUACCUCUUAUGUCAACCAGGACUGCAGUAAUGUUAGCUAGACUAACGUUACCUAAGCAUAGUCAGUGGCUAACGGUAACGUUAAAGUUAGCCUUUUUGUAUGUGUCUGAUAACGUUAAAGGCCUACUGAAACCCACUACUACCGACCACGCAGUCUGAUAGUUUAUAUAUCAAUGAUGAAAUCUUAACAUUGCAACACAUGCCAAUACGGCAGGGUUAACUUAUAAAGUGCAAUUUUAAAUUUCCCGCCACACUUCCGUUUGAAAACGUCUCGGUAUGAUGACGUAUGCGCGUGACGGAAUCAGUUGAACGCGACAUCUUGGAAUAGGUCCGUCCCAAUACAAACAGCUCUGUUUUAAUCGCUAAUUUCCACAGUAUUCAGGACAUCUGUGUCGGUAAAUCUUUUGGCAAUUUGUUCAAUUAAUGGAGACUGCAAAAAAGAGAGUGGUUGGGAAGCGGUGUGUUGCUGCUGGAUGUAGCAACACAAACUUAAACACAACCAGUGUUUCAUUGUUUUUAUUCCCAAAAGAUGGCGGCCAAGCUUUACUAUGGAACAAAGAAGUCAAGCGAACACGGUUGGAUUGGACGACACAUACAAAGUACAGUGUAUUAUGCAGCGAACAUUUCGAAAGAUAAUGUUUCAAAGAGGGUCCCUUGCGAAUGGCAGAAAUGGGAACCACCACUCGUCGACUCGUGCUGAAGAAAGGUGCGAAGCCAACUAUUUUCAAUAGACCACGGUUUAAGGCUUAAGUGCAAGUUCGACAAGUUCGGAGCACCCCACACCCUCCACAAGUGGACAGACUGCACAUGAGGUCUGCAUUUGCCAAAAGGGAAAGGAAGAGGACAAUAGAUCAGAUCAGGGCCAGUACGACUACGGCAUCAGUGGCGGAUGCGGUGGAUGAACCAAUGGCAAUGGCACUAGAUUUGCCUGAUGAGGAGGGCGAUCAAGAUCAGGGAAAUACAAGAGAACAAGGAUGCCAGACGGACUGGGUACCGAUUGGGACAGCACCAACGGCAAUGACCAGUAGCAAGAGCACCCAAACAGGGAAAAUACAUCAUAGAUCAAAGGGACACCAGGUGACCCCAGAGAUCCUCGAGAGGGUUAGAGCUCGGCCGGCCAGGGUUAGUGAAGUCCCAUCGUCAAGUGUAGCAGCUCCAUCUGACAGCCCCGAGAUGCAGACUAACAUAGCAACUCCAGGUGCGUCUGGAAUGCAAGCCAAGCUACGACCACCUCCUGCAUUGUUUGAUGUAGGACCCACUGCGCCUUUUGUUAGUGGUUCUUCCGAUGACAGCUAUGUGCCGAGUGAGUCAUCGACAUCGGAUCCGUGUCAAUCUGACGGGUCGCCAGAUCACCCAAGUACUCACCAGAUGCGUGAAGAGGGCUGCCACAAGGAACCGAAGUACAUCAUCUUUGAGUCGUGCCUCAAUAGUCUCGUCAAGUGGUGUCACUGUCCAGCCUGUGGCAGCCAGGACAUAAGCCCUUCUUGGGAUUCGAACGGUACACAGCUGAACAUGACUAUUCAAUGUGCAUCAUGUGACCAGAGGAGUAGUUGGAGCAGCCAGCCAAACAUUGGCCCUUAUGCCGCGGGCAACAUCCUGCUAUCUGCUGGCAUCCUCUUCGCUGGCGCAUCUUCUGGCAAGGUGUUGCAAGUGCUGAACAGCAUCGCAGUGGUCACGUAUGUGAAGAGAACAUUUUUCAAUCACCAGGAGCUCAUCCUGCAGCCAGCCAUCAAAAAGGUGUGGGAGGAACAGCAAUGGACACACCUCACCAUGCUGCAGGUGGAAGGCCGACCCCUCGUCCUUGGUGGUGAUGGGCGAGCAGACAGUUCGGUACCUACACCACAAUGGAGCUUGAGGCCAAUGUGGUUCUCGACCUUCAGGUUAAACAGAGCAACGAAUGUCUUGGCAGCUACCAUAUGGAGAUGGAAGGACUGAAGAGGAUGGUGGAGCUGCUGAUCAGCUGGGACCUGGAUGUCGGGGUGCUGGUGACAGACAGACACAGACAGAUCGCUAAAUGGAUUUGCGAAAACAUGCCCAAUACACGGCACUGCUAUGACAUCUGGCAUGUUGCAAAAUCUUUUUUCUGUUUGUAGCCAUCGGAAAGAAACUGAAGGCCAUCGUCAAGCAUAAGGACUGUGAAGACCUGAAGCCCUGGGUGCAAAGUAUAAUCAACCACCUCUACUGGGCAGCAGUGUCUACACCGCCUGGAGAAGGGGGAACCUCUGGUUGCUAAGUGGAAGUCUGUGGAGCAACACAUUCAGAACAUCCACAAGGACCAUGGCGACCUCUUCCCAAUUUGUACUCAUGGACAACUGCACGGUAGAAGGCUGCAAACGAAAUGACUCAAACCAAGUUCACGCUCAGCAGUGAAAUUGGAGGAGUUGGUCAACAACAAGUCCCUGCUGAAAGAUAUCGCCAUGCUGUUGGGUGAACACCAGACUUCCAAGGUGGAGGCGUUCCAUAGCCUUAUCAUACAGUUCGCACCGAAAAUGUAUGACUUCUCAUACAUCGGAAUGCUGUGCAGGUAUGUUUCCACACUAAUCUAAGUGUCACUAGUGUGUGCCAUACUUUAGUACUAAUUAUUACAUUAUUCUGUUACCACACCUACGAACCUGCUUGCUGGGCUGCACUGGAAUGAAAACUCGAGCCGCCCUAUAGCCACUACACAAGCGGGUGCUGAGCGCUAUGCAGUAUGCUACCCGAAGUAUAAAGCAGGGGCCCAUGUGGUCAAGAAAAUCGUGACAGAGCCAACAUACCGCUACGUAGAUGACUUGAUCAGGGAGGUUGUUGCUGGCUGCAGACAGACCCCUGACGAGAGAACACCAGUCAGCGUCACUGUGGAUGUGCCUCCCUUCCUCCUGCGAUGAACUGGAGAAGCCAGACAAGGAGGAAGCCAUCGCCAAGCACAGGAGUCGCUUCGGUAAGUGUUAAAUGCCCUCCCGGUAACAGUUAGAGAUGCUACCUCAGUAGAAGCAUUUAAGUCCCAUCUUAAAACUCAUUUGUAUACUCUAGCCUUUAAAUAGACCCCCUUUUUAGACCAGUUGAUCUGCCGUUUCUUUUCUUUUCUCCUCUGCCCCCCCCCGCGCCCCUUCCCCCUUGUGGAGGGUUUAUUCCGGUGACCAUGGAUGAAGUGCUGGCUGUCCAGAGUUGGGACCCGGGCUGGACCGCUCGCCUGUGCAUCUGUUGGGGACAUCUCUGCGCUGCUGACCCGUCUCCGCUCGGGAUGGCCUCCUGCUGUCCCCACUAUGGACUGGACUCUCACUAUUAUGUUAGAUCCACUCGACAUCCAUUGCUUUCGGUCUCCCCUAGAGGGGGGGUUACCCACAUAUGCGGUCCUCUCCAAGGUUUCUCAUAGUCAUUCACAUCGACGUCCCACUGGGGUGAGUUUUCCUUGCCCUUAUGUGGGCUCUGUACCGAGGAUGUCGUUGUGGCUUGUGCAGCCCUUUGAGACAUUUGUGAUUUAGGGCUAUAUAAAUAAACAUUGAUUGAUUGAUUGAUUGAUUUUGUUGAUUAACUACAGUGGCCAUGUAGAUUCUGUUGCAGUCACUGCGCGUCUUGGAACCCCGUGUAGUCCAUCGAUGGAAAUGUUGUCCUAAUCUUAUGUACUACACAAGCUGGUAGUACCACCCUUAUCUCCUUUCCCAGAUAUCCCCAGCAGAAGCGGACAAACUGUCGAUAUGCUGUGUGUCGUCUCCGCCUGCAAGUACAAAAUAGUUGGUAGCAAAUGAUGGCACCUGUUAUUAUCCGUACAUGGAUACACAGUGACUCACUGUUCUCUGAGAUGCAAAAGACGUUGUCAUGCAUUCUAUUCAUUUGUCAUUUACUGUUGCAGUAAAUUGUAAAUAUUGUUGACAUCUACGGUCCAUGUAUGUAAUACUUCUAUGAUAUAUAUUGUCAUGUACAUUGUAGCACAGUACAUUUCACAGAAUAAGAAUAAGAUAAGAAAGUGCUCAUUCUGACUUAUCUUCCAAAGGU